AUGCCCCCGGAAUCCAUAUAUUCUGGAAAGGGUUCAAGUCUUCUCGCCAAGCGUCUCGCUUCGACGACAACUUAUAAACCUGGCGCUGGCCGAGUUUCUCCCAGAUCUCGUGGUACUUGGACGACGAUCAAGAUGCGUUUCGCGCUGGCAGCGGGUAUUGGUGCGACUUUGUUGAGGACUGCGACCGCAGCGCUCGAGGCAUGCCCGAAUCUCUCAUCUGCGGAGUAUGAUUAUAUUGUUGUCGGAGCUGGUGCAGGUGGAGGUCCCUUGGCUGCACGAUUGGCGAUAAGCGGUUAUAAAGUGCUGCUCAUGGAUGCCGGUCACGAUGUUUUCAAUGUCAAUACCACCAUCCCUGUGUAUCUUGCACGCUCAAAUGAGGACCCUCAAAUGGCACUUGACUAUGAGGUUCAACACUACCCACCGGGCCAGCCUCAAGUCCAGAAAUGGUACCCACGAGCGGCAGCCAUUGGGGGCUCAACGGUUCACAACGCCCUUAUUCACCUGCGCAAUCACAAUUACGACUUGGAUACCUUGGCCACCCGAUUCAAGGAUUCAAGUUGGUCGGCUAGCAAUAUGAGGAAAUAUUUGUCCGAGAAAAUCGAGAAGAACCAAUAUAUUCCUUCGUUGAUCGGCAAGGCUCUUUCGUAUGGAUACGAUGGGUGGCUGUGGACAGAUUUCCCCCCUCUCAGCCUCCUGCUUUCACCUUCGAACCUUGACCCACAGCUUCUUGAUAUUGUUACGAACAUUAUUACUGCUGUGCUUCCUGUAGGAUUUACAGACUACAACAACAACCUGAACGAUGGGAAAGAGGGGGGAGCUGCAGUAAUUAGCACAAGGGAUGGCAACCACAACCGUUCUUCGGUUCGCGAUCACCUCGUCAACACUCGCACAAAGCUCCCUCAAAAGCUUUCGUUUGCAACGGACACUUUGGCGACCAAAAUCCUAACAUGUGCUGAUUCGACCGGGAAAGCUCGUGCAUAUGGUGUACAGGCUGCGGCUGGCCAAUACCUACUUCCUGUUUCGAGGCAAUUCAAGGGCAAGCAAACUUUGGCAACGAAGCAAUAUACAGCCAAGUACGAAGUUGUCGUUAGCGCUGGGGCUUUCCAGACUCCACAGCUCUUGCUGCUCUCAGGGAUUGGUGACUCGGCUCAGCUGGCCAAGUUUAACAUUCCAACGGUAUCAAACCUUCCCGGCGUCGGGGAAAACUUACAAGAUCGGAUCGAAAUGACAAUCGUCUGGAAGCUCAAGCAAAAUCAUACCAUCCUCAACGGAUGCUUGUUUGGCGACACUUUUGCGGAUCCUUGUCUGAAGACAUGGGCCGAACAAGGUCAUAAUAACGUGUACAGCUCUGGCCCUGGUUUCUGGGCGCACGCAUACAAAUCGUCGUCUGACCUCCCUUACCUCGAUGUUUGGUCCAUGUGGGGGCCUGGGGCAUUCAAAGGCUACUAUAAAGGCUACCCUCUUGAACUCGCGCAGAACAUCGGCAACACCUGGAACAACGUCAUUCUCAAGGCUCAUACUUCAUCCAAGGGCUGGGUCCGUCUCACCAGCUCUAACCCGCAAGAUCUACUCGACAUUAACAAGAACCAAUUCCAAACUGCAGCAGACUUGAAGGAUUUGGAGAUCCUCAAAGAUGCGGUAAAGAAAAGUCGAGAACUUUGGGCGAGCCGCGGAGGGUUGAGCGGGCAUACCGUCGAAGAAGUAUGGCCUGGCUCUGCUGUCAAGACCGAUGAUCAAAUUAGAGAGUUCUUGAGGGAGAAUACGUGGGGUCAUCACGUGUGUUGUACGGCCAAAAUGGGAACAGACGAUGACGCGAGGGCCGUUCUGAAUAAGGAUUUCCAGGUCCGCGGUGUAGGUAACUUACGCGUGGUUGAUGCAAGCUCUUUCCCAGACAUUCCAGGAAUGUUUGUCACGACACCUAUUUACCAGAUCUCUGAGAAAGCAGCUGAUGUUAUGCUUGCUUUCGCCAAGUCCAACAAAUGGACCCCGACUGCUUAA